GACAUUGGGAUUGCCGUCAAGACCACGCCCAUCUGGUCAAGUUCAGGUGCCUGACUUCAUGAAGCAUCUGCAUGCGAUAUCUGACGCUCACGACGACCACUGCACCCUCCACCACGACAUCCGCGGCAACAUCUUCAGGAGCAUUAGAAAUAAAGGCCACGUCUCCACUGAAGACAACGAAAAGAAUGUGAUACGGCUCCGAUUCUCCACGUCUGCCAUCACACCAGUCGAGAUCGCCACGCAAGCUGAGGUGAAAGUCAGGAUUGACGUGCCAAGAGGGAUCCCAGAAUUUGACAAUAUCAACACUCUCCAACUCUCGCUCUGUCAUCGCGGGAUUGGAGAGGGCGAUGGCGCAGGUGGCUGUGACGUUGCAGAGGCACGAAGCAUCGGUGUCGGAACAUUUUCCGCUGAUUUCAAAGUAGCAGACGACAUUUUAGAAACUGUGUCAGGAACUUCAGAGGAAGACGUUAAGUUUGUGAUUCGUUUAAUCAGCGGCAAGGAGGAAGUCUCCGAUGUUUGUCUUUCCAAGGUUAAGGUCGAAGGGCAUCUUCUGCUCGCAACGUACGACAGCGCUUCAUGUAUGACGUCAUCAAGGCAGAAACGGAGCAUGCGUGGUCAGUAUGAGAUCUACAAGUAUCCAAAGAUUUGCCACAUGAGGCCUUACAAGAUAGACUUUAGAACGAUAGGCUGGUCCGAUUGGGUGUUGGCCCCCGUGAGAUACGAGGCAAACAGGUGCUACGGGGAGUGCCCGUUCCCAAUCACGGAGUACCUGAACGGAACCAACCACGCCAUCUUGCAAACUCUCUUUCAUUCUCACGAUGAUGACAUCGCGCCUGAGACAUGCUGCGUUCCAGUGGAUUAUAAAUCUAUAUCCAUCUUGUACAUUGAUCACGAAGAGAACGUUGUUUUGAGGAAGUACAAAGAUAUGGUAGUCACAAGUUGUGGAUGUCGGUGAUAAAAAAAACACAUUCAUGUCCUCUUGGCCUUAAUGAGACUGUUCGAUAUUCACGAUUUAUUAGUAUGAAAUGAUAGUGAUUAAAGGCCAGGCAUAAAAUGCCAAUGUAUCACGAGAUUCAUCACAUUCCAUGAUCGCUUUGUAUACUUUGGGAAUUCACAAGAUAUGACCAAACGCCUUUCGGCAAUUAACAAAGAAAAGAGAUCGCUCUCAUCUAAUUACAUGUAUUUAGAAUAGCGACAUCCCGAUAUCUAAGUUGAAUAAAUACUGGUCAUCUGA